AGGUAGACUUCUUUGCGUAAUACGGCGAUCGUUUUUCAUAAAGUUGUCCAACAUUGUACUGUGACCACGUGUUAAAUAUAAUUGCUUGGGAAUAUAUUACUGGAGGUAAAGAUUGGAGGAAAAUGCCUAACAAAACGAAGGAUUUACUGAGGAACGCGUGUCGGUACGUUUAUUACGCCGGAGCUAGCAAUUGUUGGUACGAAGACAUUUACAAGGAAAGUAAAUAUUAUCGGCUGUACAGUGUGAUAACAUUCUCUAUUUACACAAUCAUGAUUUUUCUUGAGAACCUCGCCGCUUUAUUCGGGAAGUUUCCUGAAGUGGAAAAAAAUUCGGCAGUCAUGUUUGCCGCAAUACACAAUAUUGUAUUAACAAAAAUGUUCCUGCUGCUAUACCAUAAAAACUCCAUCAGGAAAUUAAACUACGAAAUGGCUACCAUUGGUGAGGAUUUUGAAGAGGAUUAUGUUAUGAAGAAACAAUACCGUAAGGCGAAAGUUGGUAUUUCUUUGUAUGUCAUUUCGGUGUACUUAUCUCUUACGGCGUAUGGAGUGGAGAGUGCAAGGCGGUCGAUUGUGGAAGGGGCCCCUUUUUAUACGGUGGUCACAUAUUUACCGUUUUACGAUGACAAUUCGGUAGCGGCAUUGAUUUUCCGAAUAUUUUUCUACAUAACAUGGUUAUACAUGAUGUUGCCGAUGAUGUCUGCUGACUGCAUGCCAAUCACGCAUUUGAUUGCCCUGACGUACAAGUUUAUAACGCUGUGCCAUCAUUUUGAGCGGAUAAGAAAAGAGUUUGAUAGCAAUGUAUUAGUGAUGAACAAAAGAAUGGCCAUAGAUAAACUAAAAGCUGGUUGUUUGCAAGGUAUUCGGAUGCAUCAGAAACUUCUGUAUUUAGCAGACGAGAUACAUCGUGUUUUCGGAAUAAUAAUGUCACUCCAAGUGUGUGAGAGUUCUGCCGUCGCUGUGUUGCUAUUGCUGCGUUUGGCGUUGUCUCCGCAUCUGGAUCUGACUAAUGCCUUCAUGACGUACACGUUUGUUGGCUCGUUGUUCCUGUUGCUGGCGCUGAACUUGUGGAAUGCGGGGGAAGUCACGUAUCAGGCAUCUCUCCUUUCGAGUGCUAUGUUCUACUCUGGCUGGCAUUUGUGUGAGAUGGAAAAACCGUCUCGUGGUGACAUAAGAUGGCUGACGCUAAUCGGCUGUGCCCAGGCCAAGAAACCAUUGAUACUCAAAGCUUUUGGCAUCCAGGAUUUGUCAUAUGAGACUUUUGUUUCAGUGGCUCGAAUGACGUACUCGAUAUUCGCGGUAUUCUACCAAAGAGGCGAGUAAUAUUUAAAGGUAAUACUGGCUGGUUUGAUGGACGUCAAAAGUAAUUCAUAAGUGUGAAACGUAGCUUCUAUGUUUUUUUCCUAAUAGUAAUAAUUGUAGUGGAUAAAUUGAAAAAAAAAUCAACUUACUUCGAAGAUUACAUUACAUUAGAUGUGCUUAGUAAAUAACAUUAAUGUAUCAUGUAUAACUAUGAAUAAAGUUUUCUCAUUCUACGAGUAUUUAUGCUUACUAUUUUUACA